AUGAGUGGCGUGGAAGUUAUACCCAUCGGAGCGAUUGCAGGGGCCGCGUCGCAAGUGGCCUGGUUCCUGCCCGUUUUGGUCGCGGCUAUUGCUUAUUUCCACUACGAAGUAAAUGACCCCGAGUCAAGGAUUAUAGACCAGCCCGGAAAUUUGAUACUCGACCAAUAUGAUUUCAUUAUAGUCGGCGCUGGAUCAGCAGGUGCGGUGCUGGCGAAUAGGUUGACUGAAGUCGAAGAUUGGAGUGUAUUAUUAAUAGAAGCCGGCGGAGAUGAAACUGAAAUAUCCGACGUGCCUUUGUUGGCUGCCUACUUGCAACUUACCCAGCUCGAUUGGCAAUAUAAAGCCGAACCCCAGGAUACUGCGUGUUUGGCUAUGAAAGAUGAACGUUGCAAUUGGCCUCGGGGCAAAGUCUUAGGUGGGUCCAGCGUGUUGAACUAUAUGAUGUACGUGCGUGGUAAUCAAAUGGACUAUGACAGCUGGUUGAAACAAGGCAAUCCGGGUUGGGGAUACAACGACGUGCUCUACUACUUUAAAAAAUCAGAAGACAACAGAAAUCCGUACCUAGCACGGACCCCGUACCAUUCGAUGGGUGGUUAUCUGACGGUGUCCGAGGCGCCAUACAAAACGCCGUUGGCCGACGCGUUCGUCAGGGCUGGGCAAGAAAUGGGCUACGAUAUCCGCGAUAUAAACGGCGAACGGCAGACAGGUUUUAUGAUACCUCAAGGGACGAUCAGAAGAGGAGCCAGGUGCAGUACUGCGAAAGCUUUCUUGAGGCCGGCCAGACUGCGGAAAAACUUGCACGUGUCCAUCAACGCUCAUGUCACGCGUGUGGCGAUCAACCCCGAGACAAAAGUGGCGUUCGGCGUCGAAAUGAUCAAGGACAACACACGACAUUUCAUCCGGGCCAACAAAGAGGUGCUUCUGUCGGCGGGUUCCAUCAGUUCUGCACAGCUGCUUAUGCUCUCGGGCAUAGGUCCCAAGAACCAUCUGACGGAAAUGGGUAUACCCGUUCUAGCCGAUUUGGAUGUCGGGAAAAAUCUUCAAGACCACGUCGGACUCGGUGGGCUCGCGUUUCUGAUUAACAAAGAGGUGUCGUUAACGCAAGAGAGAGUGGAAAACGUCCAAACUGUUCUAAACUAUGCUACGAUGGGUGAUGGGCCAUUAACGGUCAUGGGCGGUGUCGAAGGAUUGGCGUUUAUCAACACCAAAUAUGCUAAUCAAUCAGUCGACACACCGGACAUCGAGUUACACUUCGUUUCUGGUUCCACCAAUUCUGAUGGAGGUGUACAACUGUGGAAAGCUCAUGGACUGAAAGAAGAGUUUUACAAAGCCGUGUAUGAACCAAUUAACAACAAAGACGUGUGGUCUGCUAUACCUAUGUUGUUGAGGCCCAAGAGUCGGGGCGAAAUACUGUUGCGGAGCACCGACCCUUCCGUGUAUCCCAGGAUCUUGCCCAACUACCUGACGGUCCAAGAGGACGUGGACACGCUGGUGGAGGGCGUCAAGUUCGUGGUGGCCAUGUCCCGGACCACACCGUUCCGCCGGUACGGCAGUCGGCUGCACGACAUACCAUUUCCCGGUUGCGCCACCCUGCCACGGUUCACAGAUGCCUACUGGGAAUGCAUGGUCCGGCACUACACGGUGACCAUAUACCAUCCGGUGGGUACCGCCAAGAUGGGGCCCGAGUGGGACAAGACCGCUGUGGUGGACCCGCGGCUCCGCGUGUACGGAAUCCACGGGCUGCGUGUGGUGGACGCGUCCAUCAUGCCCACGCUGGUCAGUGCCAACACCAACGCUCCGGUUAUAAUGAUCGCCGAGAAGGCCGCGGACAUGAUCAAGGAGAAAUGGCUGGGCAGGAAACGGUGA